AUGUUCUAUUUGUUUUUUCGCCAAUUUUUUCGUCAUUUUUCGUCAUUUUUCAUCUUUUUUUUUCUUAUUUUUUCGUCAUUUUUUCAUCUUAUUUUUUUUCUUUUUUUUUCUUAUUUUUUUUCUUUUGUUUGCUCGCACUUUUCCAAUGUAGGCAAUAUGAUAUCCCUUCCUCUGUUAAUAAAUGAAGAAUCUAAAAGAUUGGCGAAUAAGAAAAGUGAUUUAGAGGGCUGUGUAAUUAAAUGUUAUAACAUACCAUCCAAUAUUAAUGAAACAAUAUUCGAAUAUUUAUGUGAGUUAUUAAAUGAUAAAUCAUAUAAAAUAAAUAAAAUAAUUAAACCCACAAAUCAGGAAACAUGUAGCAGCUAUCCAUGGAAAAUUAUUUGCAAUGAUAAAUUAGCUAGCUUUUUAUUAAAAAAAAAAAAAAUUUUUAUUUAUGACGAUUCGGAAAAAAAUAACAAAAUUUAUGUAAAAAUACCACAUGGUGACGGUGGUGAAAAUUGUGAAAAUGGUGAAGAUAAACCAUUUGGAGGUGGUGAGGAAAAUGUAAAGGGAGCCAUGAAAAGGUGUGAAAAUAGUGAUAUAUGGUAUUGUACAUAUAAUAGCAAAUGUGAAGAGUCAGAUAAUAGUGAAUAUUUUUCUGAUUGGAGUAGUGAUAUAAAAAGUGAUGAGUUUUCAGAAAAUAGUAGCAAUCAUAGUAAAGAUUCGGAUAAAGAGAGUGAAAAUAGCCAACUCAAAAAAAACAAUAAAAAAAAAUUGAAUAAAGACAGGAAUAGAAUUAAAUAUUCACAUGGAAAUGACUCUGACAACGAAUCUGUUCAAAAUUGCAUGUACAAUCAAAAUGAUGAAAAAAAUACCGAAAAUUUUGAAAAUGUUGAAAAUGUUGAAAAUAUUGAAAAUAUUGAAAAAUAUAUUGAAGAAUGUUUGAAAAAAGGUGAAAAAAAAAAAAAUAAAAUAUAUAAGUGGAAAAAUAUGUCAAAAGAAAUAAAAGAUAUACCAAUUGAAACACUAACAAGUGAAGAAUGUAAAUUCCUAGAAAAAAUAAAUAUGAAAUAUUCAAAAAAAUUCAAUAGAAUAAUUGAUGAGGAUGAUAAAAAAAAAAGUAAAAAAUUUUUCAUAUAUUUUUAUGAAGGGAAUAGUAAUGAAAUUAUUCAAGAUAUAAGAGAAGAAGACAUAAACAAAAAUAUUAUUUUAUAG